AUGGCUUCCCUGGAGAAACAGGACUCGGUCGCGGAGAAGCAGCUCGAAACGCCUUGGGCCGAGAAAACAUCGGAGGUGGACGAGCCUGCUUCCCUUGAACAAGUGACGGAGCCAAGUCCGCUUUUUUCCAAGCAGGCGUUAAGCGCCUAUUUUACUAUAGCCGCAGCGGCAUUUGGACUGAUCAGCGAUGGGUACCAAAACAACCUCAUGACGAUGGCCAAUGUGGUCUUCAAAAAGAUAUAUCCGAAGGAGUACACCUCGUCAGUAUCGACGCGUGUAUCUAACGCUCUACUCAUCGGUGAAAUCGUCGGACAAAUCUUUGUGGGCCUUAUCUGCGAUCGUGUAGGCAGAAAGGCGGCUCUUGUAGCUACCACCUUGCUUAUCGUCAUCGGUGCUACCCUUGGUACGGCCGCCCAUGGUGCUCAUGGAAGUGUACAAGGACUGUUCUGGUUCCUGACCAUAGCACGUGGUAUCACCGGAGUUGGUGUGGGAGGCGAAUAUCCAGCGUCUUCCACCAGCGCUAGUGAAGCUGCCAAUGAGCGUAUGGUUAAGCAUCGUGGCCCAGUAUUCAUAAUGGUCACUAACUUCGUUCUCAGUUUUGGUGGACCGCUGGCAGUCUCGGUAUUCUUAAUCGCGUUGUCAGCUGCUGGACCAGAGCAUUUGUCCACGGUCUGGCGUGUCUGCUUCGGGGUUGGCAUCGCUUUGCCCUUGACCGUGUUCAUCUUCCGUCUACGCAUGAUGUCUUCAAUAUUAUUCCGCAAGGCUGCCAUCAAGAGGCGUGUCCCAUAUUGGCUCGUCAUAAAGAGAUAUUGGAGAGCCUUACUGGGCACGUGCGGUGCUUGGUUCCUGUAUGACUUCGUGACUUUCCCGAACGGCGUCUUCUCUGGCACGAUUAUUUCGAGCGUGAUCCACGACGGUUCGAUAAAGGCAACAGCGGAGUGGCAGCUUCUACUUGGUGCCAUUGCUCUACCGGGCGUGUUCAUUGGUGCUGCACUCUGCAAUCCGUUGGGCAGGCGCAAUACGAUGAUUCUCGGAUUUUCCGGGUAUCUAGUCUUUGGAUUGAUUAUUGGUCUUAGCUACGACAAAAUCACUAAGAUAAUACCGCUCUUUGUCAUUUUCUAUGGACUAAUGCAGUCGUCUGGGAAUCUGGGCCCCGGCGAUAUGUUAGGCCUUGUCAGCGCCGAGUCAUUCGCCACGCCCGUCAGGGGAACAUGCUAUGGUCUCUCCGCUGCAAUAGGGAAGACUGGAGCUGCGGUGGGAACGCAGGCCUUCACACCAAUUCAGAAUAAUCUUGGCAAGAAGUGGACAUUCAUCAUAGCUGCUAUCUGCGGAGUGACCGGCGUGCUCGUCACUUACUUUUUCGUUCCUGACAUGACUGGGAAGGACCUAGCAGAGGAGGACGCUAAGUUCAUGCAGUACCUGAUAGACAAUGGAUGGCAAGGAGAGGUGGGCGAGGAUGAUGAUAAGGGUCUCAUAGUCGAGGCAUACGAAAGUAAGGCGAUGGCAAUCGACGGGGAAUCCCAGUGAUACGUCACCUGGCUGCUGCUGCUUCUUAGUGUACAUAUAAUGUAUCUAUACGAUUCCUCACGACCUGUUAUUCCACAUGUUGACUCUUGGAUACCUAAAAAUCUUUGUGCACAUAAAAU